AUGCAGGCCGCUAGAAGAGCGGGUCUACCAGUUCCCAGGGUUAUCUGCUAUGGGGAGCAUCCAGAUUGCCCGCAUGCACCAGUUUCGAUUCUAAUGACUCGCGUCCCCGGCGAUGAACUUGGCCAAGCAUACAAGACGCUGAGCGAGGAGGACCGAAACUCGAUCCUACAGCAAUUAAAGGGCUACCUGGAGGCGAUGCGGAGAUGGCAAAACCCCGUGGGCGGUAAUAGAAUUUGCUCCCUAAUAGGCACUGCAGUCAGGAGUGUCCGUAUACCUAAUCAUCUCGCUGGUCCAUUUGAGACGGAACAGGAGUUCAACGAGUAUCUUCUGAGCCCGUCUUGGGCGGGUGGUUUCCAAUCGGAAACUGAAUACAAGAAUGCACUCGAUCGCGCAAAGAAAAUGGAGCAGAUGUCUCACCGCAUUGUUUUUACGCACGGCGACCUAGCGCACCAUAAUAUCAUGGUACAGGGCGGACGGAUCACUGGAUUUCUAGACUGGGAGGCCGCAGGCUGGUACCCUGAUUAUUGGGAUUUCACCACAGCUUUGAGGUUUGCUCCACCUGAUUUCUGGUGGUAUGGCUUCAUGAUGGAACUCGGGGGAGAGUCGUACCUGGCGGAGUUGGAUUGUGAACGCGCAUUGACGUCUUUAACAAGCGAGUCCUACUGCUGGUGA